AUGUCUUCUUCCGCACCAAGAUUCGAGUCUCCAGAUGUUGACCCCAGUGCAUUGGGCCAGCCCCUCCAGUUCACCUUCUCUGGUCGCUCAGCGCCCAAUCGUUUCAUGAAGGGUGCCAUGAGCGAACGUCUCGCAUCAUUUUCCUUGCAAGAUGUUACUUCGCGUGGUAUCCCGGCUGGGGGGGAGGGUCAAGUCGGUAUCAACCUUACUGGCAAUGUUAUGAUUGACCCUGGUCACCUGGAAGCAGCCGGCAACCCAGUCAUCCCUCGAGAUGCAGAAUUCUCCGGCGAACGUUUUGAGCGCUUCCAGCAGCUCGCGGCUGCCGGAAAAGCAAACGGGAUGCUUAUCAUUGCCCAGGUCGGACACCCAGGUCGCCAAACUCCUCAGCAUCUCCAACCCAAUCCCAUCAGUGCCAGUGAUGUGCAGGUGAAGGGCGAGCCGAUGGGCAUGAAAUUUGCAAAGCCCCGUGCCGCAACUGAAGAAGACAUUGCCAAUAUCAUCGACGGCUUUGCCCAUGCCGCCGAGUACCUCGAGAAGGCUGGAUUUGACGGCAUACAACUUCAUGGUGCUCACGGCUAUCUUCUUAGCCAGUUCUUGUCUCCAACCACUAACCUGCGCACUGACAAGUAUGGUGGUGACUUGAAGAACCGCAUGAGAUUGAUCUUGGAAGUCAGAGACGAGAUCGCUAAGAGAGUCCGCAAGGACUUCGUGGUCGGUAUCAAGAUUAACAGUGUUGAGUUCCAGGAGAAGGGAUUCCAGCCCGAGGAAGCUAAGGAGCUAUGCACAGCCCUUGAAGAACACUCUUUUGACUUUGUCGAACUCUCCGGUGGUACCUACGAAAACUCUCCAAUGUCUGAGCAUAAGCGACCCUCCACAGUCGAACGCGAGGCUGUAGGUUCUGCCCCUGCGAUGCCUGAUUAUUUGUUUACGGCCUCGGCCUUUUUUUCAUGGUUUACUAACACUGGGCAGUUGUUCUUGGAAUUCGCCAAAAUCAUUGUUCCUGGCUUGACAAGAACAAAGACGUAUGUCACUGGUGGUCUCAGAACCGUCGGAGGAAUGGUCAAGGCGCUAGAAACCGUGGACGGAGUUGGUCUUGGACGCCCUCUCUGCCAAGAACCGAACUUGUGCGCGCAUAUCCUGUCGGGCAAGGUCAAGGGAGCUCUCGUCCAAAAAAUCAACAUGUAUGAUUUCGGUGCUACAGCUGGUGCAUCGGGUGUUCAGAUCUUGCAGAUGGGCAGCCACUUGCAACCAAUUGACCUGUCUCAGGAAGCCAAUGUAGCGAAACUCUUUGGCGCUUUGGGGCCAUGGGCUGUUGCCAGACAAAAGGAUCUGGAGCUUUAUGAGUUCCCUGCUAUUGACGGUUACAAUACGCCCUACUCUGCUUCUACCCUGCUGUGA